AACCCUUCAGGUCCCGAAACAGGUUGUAUUACACACUCGGGUGGGGUGUGUGGGUUGGUUCUUUUCUUUUCUUUUUUUUCUUCUCUUGUGCAUCUGGAAUCCGCACCACACCCUGUGACUCUUUUUUGCGCAAAGACGCACAGGGAGCCAGUAUAUAUAACCGGACCGGUCCGCACCGCGCGUCACCAACCAGCUCGUCCUCCGGCUCUCCACCGCUGCUCCGCGCGUCAACACACACUCCGAUCGUCGGUCAUGUUUCGCUGUGGGAUCGCCUACCCCCGCUGCAGGUGGAUCGUGCCCCUGCUGCUGGUCUUCGCCAUUAUCUUUGACAUAAUCGCCAUCGCCGCGCAGUCGGGAUGGGUCGAGGACGAGGACGCCAAGUCUCACUACGCCAAUAUGUGGAACCAGUACCGAGGGAGGAACGAUGUGUGGGACGAGAAGUCGCUCAUGGAGUACUCUUGGGCCCAGGCGGUGGCUGCUCUGAUGAUCAUCGGCCUCCUCAUCCUCAUCAUCGCCUUCAUCAUCUCCUGCGUGGCUCUGUGCUGCACGCUCAACAUCACCCUGCUGCCCUUUAUCGGAGUCCUGCUGAUCGUCGUUGUUAUUCUCCAGGUCAUCGCUCUGAUCAUCUACCCCUGCAAAUUCAACGAGCUGAUCUUCGAGGGCCACUACUACUACACCUGGGCCUACGGCUUCGGCUGGGGAGCAACGAUCCUCUGCAUCGGCUGCGCCGUCCUCUUCUGCUGUCUGCCUCGCUACGAGGAUGAGCUGACCGGCCUGGCCAAGACCAAAUACCUCUACUCCUCCGCUUAAAGACAAAAACCUGCACGCCCACCCGAUGACAGCCGUUUCCAUUCUCCACUCUGAGACGGAUACGCAUCGGCCAUCGAACACCAUUUACCAUUUCACCAAAGAUCCACGAUGGCUGCGGUGGAAAAACUUCCUCUCCACAAUCCAAGAGUGGAGUUAGAGGAGAGAGUGGGGGGGAGGGGGAUCCUGCUGGAUUCGGUUUGUGUUCGGGAGACCUCUACUUUAGACAGCGUCACUAAACAUUCUGCAUUUGUGCGAAACAUAUUCCUUCUUUCACCUGUACUUUUUUAUCUGUAAUUCUCAAUGCAAGACCACCCAAGUGCACUUAACCUAAGGGAUGUAAUUAUGUGUAAAGGACAGCUUUAGCCUGAUUAAAUAUUUUUUUUGUAGAUCUCCUUAAAAAAAAAAAAAAACCUUGGUAGAAGAGCAAUUUCAGACAAAAAACAUUUGCAGAAAGAAUCAUUAAUCUUCAUGUGGUUUAGUCCCAGUGCGUCACAAUUGGCUUUUCUCAGUUCUUCAGUGUGUGUGUGUGUGUGUGUGUGUGUGUGUGUGUCUGGUAUUCUUUGAGAAGGGACAGUAGGUUUGGACUCUGAAUGUAUGCUAUAGUAACGUAUGUGUAGUUUAGCAGUCGCGUUUGCACCUUUUUUAUAAGUUUUUUUUAAUUGUUAUUUUCACAUUACCAAAGGGAUAUAACUGUGGGAGUUUGCUGUGCUUUUCUUUGUAUCUGAACACUACUAAUAAUACGGUUCACCACUGGACUGGCAGAGGCAUGAUGGUUGAUUGACUUUGCUUCGCCGUCAUUCUAAACUGGAAACAUAUUGAGUUCUUAUUUUUUUAAUCUUGAAUAAGACUUUUUAGAAUGCUGUCUUCUACCCCAAUAUCACACAACCGACUUGCAGAGGUCGGCGCAAGUCACGUUAGAGAAAACGUAGCACGGGCAGUGUUUGUUAUCGGGAAGACGUUGGCAAGACUUUUUUCCAACAACUUUCCAAUUGACAAAUACCUCUAUACUACGUCUUUUCAACGUAGCUUCUAAUCAUCGGGCCGGCGUCUGCAAGAUGUGUGUGUGUGUCAUUUGGCUAGAGACGGGUUGUUUUAGGAUCUGUGGCUGAAAUGGCAAAAAAUAUCAAGACAUCUGAAUCAUUCUUGUGUAGAGAUUCUACCUUCAAUUACCUUCAAACAGUCCAAACUGGUGUGAGCUGCCUGGUUUUAUGAUGAGACCACAUGUCAUAAUGUUGGUUUAAAGGGAACAGUGGACACUCUGUUUGUGUGUUUCAGUUUUUCGUUGACUCAAAGUAGAGUUCCUUAAAGGAUUUAAAGAAAUCUUGAAGUUUGAAUCGUCCUUUGGCUAAACUCCCGCUGGUUUGAUGAGACACCGAGACCAAGGCGUACAAUCUUCAGACAUACUGUGUGUGAACCUCGUGCCUUAGCUAAAUUUGUGUUGUCUCAUCCCUGAAUGUCUUCUCAAACUGGUCAGCCUGGUUUUACUGAAGGCGCUGACUCUUAAUCACAGUCAUUGCUCGCAUUGCUGUUCAUGCCGAGAGCAAAUUCGUGCCCAAACAAGUCCAACUUAUUAUGUAUUUUUACAUUUGCGUAUUACCAAGAGAAAGAAGAGUCUUUCGAGUUACUCAUGAAGCAAAUUAUUGCUUAAAUAACUACAAUAACACUGUAAUUUGGUAGUAGUGAGAGGACGGAUUAAGACAGAUUAACGCUUGUAGAAGUUGAGGUGAAACCUGCUUUAACUUACGCCCUGAGUCUGCCAGCUUUUUCAGUCAUUCUUAGUCACUGUAUGGGUGUAUGCUGUACUAUAGAGGAUGUCUCACUAACAUUCAUCCAGUCCUGGAAGUCACCCAGCUGUUCUUCUGCUGUAGUAUGAAUUGAUUAUUUUUGGUAGUCUGUGUAUUUUUAUGCAAUAAAGAGUUUCUUUUUUUGAA